CGCUAUGCAAGCGAAGCCUUUCCUCGAUCUCUGUAUUGGAAUGUGCUCCUGCCUGGAAACACUAAAUUCCCCCGAGUUCUUCUCUCUCCUCGCAUUGUUACAUUUUGAUUGCUAGUUAUAGAGUGUAUUGGAUAAUGGAUUUGCUAUUGUUUUAGGAAACUGAACUGUUAUCAGUCACUUUGGAUGACUUUCCUCUUCUUAUCAAAAUAUGGACAAUUUUAAAGCGGCUUAAUACUUCAAUAUUUAAACAAUCGGUUUGCAUGGUGAUAAACAUUGAUAAUUCAGGGAUUUUAACCACGUUUCCAUUGAUACCGAAAAAAUCAGUUUUGACAUUUAAAGACCUUACACAAAAAGAUCCAUAUUUAGUAUGACUAUCUGGGUUGAAAGUAAACAGUCCAUCAGUCGAACCAGUUGAUAGACUGAUUAACAAGGACCAUGAACAUUCUUACAGGAGAUGUGAAGGGUAAUAACUGUUAUUGCACAUAACACUUGGAGUUUGGAGUAUCAUGGGUGAUCAGACAUUGGCAUUGGGAAGAAUAUUUACACGAACAACAAGAACUUUGGUGUACAUUGUGGUUAUAUUAGUUUCAUGUGUAUUCGUGAGAUGUGGGUCGUCGUACCAAUGUCCGUCCAUGUGUCAGUGCGAGCACGCGAAAACAGGAAUGUUGGUGGACUGUACGGGAAAGAACCUCAGCGCCGUACCCCCUGGCCUCGGACCCAACACCAUCAAAUUGGGGCUGAGCAUGAACAACAUAACAGAGCUCCCUGACCGCUCCUUCGCCCAUCUCCCACGACUACAAUCUCUUCAUCUCGCAAAUAACAGACUGUCUGAUUUAUCGCCCAACGCUUUGGCUGGACUUGCGUAUUUGGAAUACCUCACGUUCCAGGGAAACCAGUUUACGUCAGUACCAGUACAGGCACUGAGAAAGCUUAUCUCAUUGAAAACACUUUACCUUGACAACAACAACAUAUCUGAUGUACCGGAUGGUAGUUUCCGGUCGUUACGGAACUUGGAGCAACUUCGACUGGACUUCAACCAGAUCAGAGAGAUUCCAGUAAUCGCCAUCAACAAGGCCAGGGCGCUCGUGGCUCUGGACCUAGAGCAUAACCUGAUCGACUAUGUUCUCAACCAAUCCUUCGUCAACCUGACUAAUCUAGGCCUACUGAUGCUGUCUCAUAAUCGGAUUCGCACCAUCGCUCCGGCUGCGUUUGAGGGCCUUUCCGUACUCUACCUCCUGGAAAUAAGCAACAAUCUGUUAACGGAGAUACCUCAAGGCCUUGACGCGUUACCUGAUCUCAGUGAUCUGGCCAUCACGGACAACCGCAUAAAGGUCCUGCCAAACGAUUGUUUCUCGAAAAACAGAAAACUUAUUUUCUUGAAGUUGAAAGACAAUCCAAUAGUCUCCGUUGGACAAAACACAUUUAGCAACAUGCCAGAUUUGAAGGAUUUGGUAUUAUCCGAGGUUCGAGAGAUGCAGGAAUUUCCUAACUUGUCUGGCACAACGGGUCUGGAGAAGAUAACCCUUGAUCGGGCCUCCAUAAGCGUACUUCCAGAGGACCUCUGUCAAAACCUCCCACACCUCGCUGUCUUCGAUGUGCAUUCCAAUUUCAUCUCUGUGAUACCGAACAUGACCGGGUGCAGCUCCCUGACAUUGCUGAACUUUGGGAAUAACGAGAUUGCGAGUCUAGACAAGAUGCCGUUUCAGGGGCUGGAGAACCUAAAGGACCUGAUUCUGUCCUACAACAAAAUCACCCACAUCUCAGCAUCGGACUUUGCCAGCUUAAAAAGGCUUCAAUAUCUAGACCUUUCCUACAAUAAGAUUUCUUUUAUCAACCAGGAUGCCUUCGCUAAUUUGAAACAGUUGAUGGAUCUAAACCUCGGAGAAAAUACAUUUCCGUCAUUGCCGACGGCGGGGCUGGAGAAUCUUCGACAUCUGAAGACGUUCCACAACCGGUACCUGCAGGAGCCGCCCUCGAAGGAAGCGCUGCCUAACAUUCUCACAAUGGUCGUCGCCUACGCAUAUCACUGCUGUGCCUUCCGCUCACAAGCAGAACAGACCGGAGAGUUUAAACUGGAUCAAACCGUGACGUGGCUGAACGAUCCCAACGUUACGUCCCUAGAUCUCUGGCCUGAUGUGGGUAAUAUAAGUUAUCUGCCGAUGAACUUCUCCAUUUAUUAUGACGAAUACGACUAUGACUAUAACGAUACCAUUGACGGGGAGGCGUCAUACCCUAUAGAAACGAUCAUUAAGAUCAAACCACCUGUGGAAUGCUCUCCAGUACCAGACCCGUUCCAGCCAUGUGACGACCUGUUUGGUUGGUGGUCCCUGCGAUGCGGCGUGUGGAUUGUGUUUCUGCUGGCCGUUCUCGGCAAUGGGAGUGUCCUUUUUGUCUCUGUAUUCAGCAAGUCUAAACUAGAUGUCACCCGCUUUCUCAUUUGCAACUUGGCUCUCUCGGACCUUUGUAUGGGAAUGUAUCUCGGAUUUCUUGCCAUCGUGGAUGCAUCAACUCUUGGAGAAUUUGAAAAGUACGCGACAAGAUGGCAGAGUAGCCCAGGAUGUCUGGUAGCCGGGUUCCUGGGUGUCCUGUCAAGCGAGCUCAGUGUCUUUACAUUGGUUGUUAUCACCGUGGAGAGAUUCUAUGCCAUAUCACACGCGAUGCAGCUUGGAAAACGGGUCCGACUCGGACAAGCAUGUGUAGUGAUGAUCUGCGGCUGGAUAUUAUGUACCUGCAUUGCAAGUCUCCCUUUGUUUGAGAUCAGCGACUACAGAAAAUUCGCAAUAUGUUUACCGUUCGAGACCGAAAAUAAUGUUUCGCUCGCUUACGUCUGUUUCAUCAUGAUAUUCAACGCGUCUUCUUUUCUUAUUAUUCUCGUCUGCUAUGGAUGCAUGUUUGUAUCGAUUCGUGCAUCUCAUUCUUGGAAUUCAAAAGACACUAUUGUGGCGAAGCGGAUGGCACUUCUGGUUUUUACUGAUUUCUUCUGUUGGGCACCUAUAAUAUUUUGUUCAAUUACUGCAGCCUUUGGCUGGGAAGCCGCAAGAAUAAGUCUAGAUGAAGCCAAAGUACUUACAAUAUUUGUUCUGCCCUUGAACAGCUGUGCCAAUCCUUUUUUGUAUGCAUUCUUUACACGACAAUUUAAACGUGAUUGUGUAAAACUGUGCAAACGUAUAGAGGAAUCGAGUUAUUCUCGACACUUGCCUAGCAGUGGAGUUGGACGAUCAUCUACAGCCAACAAUAGACAACCUAAUGGAAGGCGUUCUCAUUCUAAAAGAGGAAGUUGUGAUCAGCUUGUUUAUGAACCCAGCACUUCCGGGGAACCAUCAACGAGCUCAAAUCAGGCGUCGGAUGACUCAGAUUUAACAAUGAGAAAGAUACAUCUUACAUCUGAGGAAAAGCAAAUUUUACGAUAUGUUAAAUCUGCCGAAGGGACAUCCCCUCGAAGAUCACUGCUUCUGCCAAAGAAUCGGUCAUUUGAAAGGCAACACGGAGGGAGUUAUAAUUUGGUGCCAAUAAAACGAUCACGCGUUGUGCCUCCUCAUAUCACCCCGGAGGACGAUGAAAGCGAAUCCAGUCCAGAUAUAAUUUUACACACUAAAGAAGGUAACGUAUACCUCAGUACAAAGUUAGAUACACAGAAAGUUUUAAGGCGGAAAGGACGAGGAAGUGUUAAAAGUUUGACAGGAAAAGGAGCCGUUAAUAAGUGUGCACAAAGACUGUGUAACCACACGAGGAACUCUGGCUAUGCUCUGCAAUCAGUCCGAAACCUAGGGCGAUCUGUAGAGUCACAAACAGUUGAAACUUGUGAAAAAGAAAUACACGCAGAUCUUGAAACAUUACAUGAAGAUGCUAAUUCAAAAGUUUCGGAAAACGGAGUAAGAAAACUAUUUGAAGCCGAAAGAAGCAAGGAAAUAGGGUUAAAAUCAAAAUGUUUUGCGAAUAUUAAUAAACCAGAACCAAGAAUAACAGAAAAUAAAGUAGCAAGGGUGACAACGUCAUCGCAAACAGAUUUUCAGUUACCUUCAUCACAUUUCUAUAACAUACAAAAAGCCAUUGCCAAAAAGGAAAAAGAUAAACAUAUUAACGAGUGGAGGAAAACGUCUCAUUUGUCAUUUCUGUGGAGAAAUUCCGGCAUAUUUGAUGGAGUGACUCAUAAACAAAAGUCGAACAGUUUAGUGGAACUCACGCGACCUUUUUUAGAUGCGCAAAACACUUCAAACAAACGUCAUAGUUUGACAUCCAAACACGAAGGAUAUAUUCUUUUGAAAAAUACCAGUAGGGAUUCUGCCUAUGAGGAUGAUGAAUUGUACGAUAUAUAUGACAAUCGGGGGAAUGGAAUUACUCAGUCAGAUCAAAGUGCAGUGAAACAGCAAAAGGUGAAGGAUUACAAGAACUCUGCCAUAAAAGACAGUGAAGACGGUGAUAAAACAAAUGAUGAAAAAGAUGAUCAAGUAUGUGAAGCCAGCCUUUUGCUCACUGACAAUCUGUGCCUUCCGAAGCAUAGGAAUAGCUGCGACAUAGAGAGCGGAAUUAGUUCCUCUUCCUGAUUAUCAAUUGCCUAACAGUUUUAUGUAUUUCGUUUUUGUUGGCAUACAGUCAUUGCUGUACAUUUAUUUGUGAAUAUGCAUGGUACUACAUGGGGUGACAGUGGUUUAAUGGCAGACACAUGUAACAUAUUAAAGCGAUUAAUAUAGUUUUAAGUGUGUAUGUAAUUAAAGUCAAAUGUGCUACACCAAAAAUUCUCACGUAUUUGGAGAUAUAUUCUUUUUUUUUUAAUUGUUGUAACGUUUAAAUGAAAUGAGAAGAAUAAAACUAUAUAGCUAUAUGACAUAUUAUAAAAAAAAAUCAUUUUAAAAGCAUAUAAGCUGUGGUAUUAAUUGGAACAAAUGCAAAGAUUUGAAAGUAAUAAAAUUAAUGAAGAAAAAAAGGAAACAUAUUUUAGAUCGGCAGAAGGAUUCGACUAUAUAUCAGGUGUUAUUUAACUCUGUCAGCACACUUUACAGUUAUAUCGAAUUGUGUUAACAUAGCAGCGAAGAUCGUCAGCAUGCAAAUAAAUUUCCCUAUCAGGUUAAUAAGAAGCAAUAAAACGAGCAGUUUGUUUCAUUAUUCGUCUGGCUUAAAAUGAAUGGUUCUAUAAACUUCAUAAGUAAAUAUGUUCUUCUUAUUUUUUAAACCAAUUGGCCACAUUUGUUAAAUACAUUUAGUUCGCCGAGACUUGUUUUUAAUCCAUUUCAGAAAACUUGUUAAAUGAUAUCAGCAUUUGAUGACCAGGAAUGUAAUAUCCUCUAUGUAUAUAGGAGCUUUAAUCGUGCCAUUGAGUGCCGCUGGUAAUCAUCAGUUAGCAAUAGUGGUUUUGGUUUGCAUUAAUAGAAUAUA